GGUAUGCAGCACAACCUCAUCACUUACGCCCGACGACGAAGGAGCUAAACCCCGGAAUCCGGCCUUGUUGCCUAAUCUCAUACCGUCUUACACGCAUAUUUAACAGCGGCAUGGACGGUUUAUACGAGCUUUGGUUAGACUGCGUCUACCCACCUCCAACGUUCUCCCUCUUUACAGGCUUGAUGCAUACCUCGUAGGACCUACAACAAGAACGGGGCUCAAAUCGAAUCGACGCUAUGCCUGCUCUCGUAUCCAAACGUAGUGUCUCGUCAGCGGAAAAGGGUGUGAGGAAACGCCGCUGGAAUGCGAAAUCGAGGAAUGGGUGUCAGAACUGCAAGUUGAGACGGGUUAAGUGCGAUGAGACGAGGCCGCGGUGUGCAAAGUGCAUGACUUAUGGUGUGGCGUGCGACUUCGAGGGCAAGGAGGGUGGGUUGGAUGUGCAUGUGAAGGGCGUGGGGAGGUUUGAGUUUGGGGGGCUAACCACAAUCACGGCGGAACAUGAGACGAGAGAAACGACUCGCACACCUUGGAGCCCAAUAUCAAUCAACGGCGUCGUGACUUCGAUGAUCGGAGACUCUCUUCGAUCCGGGGCGUCGGAACUCGGUUCGCACAUGAUAACUGGACAUGCGUCAUGGGAGUUUUCUGAGAGUCAUCUCGAGAUCCUUGCGAGGUUUCAGAGUAGGACGUCUUUGACUGUUGGGGGUGAGAGAAUGGCCCCAGCAUGCAGAGACAUAGUAUGCCGCCUUACAUUCAACCAUCCGUUCCUAAUGCACAUGAUCCUCGGCCUAACCUUAAUGCACGACUCCGCUCUUGCCCACUCUCCCGCCCAAUCUAUCUCUCUCCAAAACGCCUCACUCCGCCACUGGUCCCACGCAACAACUCUCUACCAAGGCCUCCUCUCCGGCCCAAUCCCACCAUCCCAACGCGACGCAAUCUGGGCCACCGGCGUCCACCUCGGCGCGGCAUCCUUCUGGUACCUCGAAUCCGACGACCCCCACGCCGUCUGGCCGCUCAAGCCUUCCGAGCCGGGUGACCUGGCGUGGAUGAAGAUCGGAGAAGGCAAACGACAUCUGUGGCGUAUCGCAGAUCCGACAAGGGAGGAUAGUGUGUUCAACCGUGUUUUAAAGAAGAAGACAGGUCCGUGUCCUACGCCACCCGAGUGGAUGGUGAGCAACGACACCAGUCUCGUGCCUGAGAAGGUUAGACUGUUGUUCGGUAUCACUGCAGAGUCUAGCAAGGAGAACAACGUUUACCACUUUCCCGUCCUCAUCCUCUCGCGCAUCCAGCAUCUACGCCUAUCGCAUACGAACGUGUUGGAUUUCUUAUACUUUACCGCGUUUCUCACGCCCGAAUUCCUCGAAUUACUCGAACAUAAAGAUCCAAAAGCGGUGUUUCUGCUAGGCUGGUGGUUUAGCACGUGCCGGGAUGGCACGCUUUGGUGGGUGACGAGACGAGCGAGGGUCGAAGGCGAGGCUGUGCGGAUUUGGCUGGGAGGAGUGGAUAAGCGUCUUCUAGAGUUGUUGGAGGAGCUGGGUCAGAGAAGGGUAAAUGUAAUGGAAGAGAGGUUCUGGGUGAUGGAACGGGUUGUGGAUGAGGAGGGCUUCGAGACUAAUUGGGCGUUGGAUUCUAGAGGGAGGAUAUUGACGGUGGCUUGAAGAUUACCUUAAGGGUCGGACUUGGGGUAUUUGGUGUCUGAGGUUCGCCAGCGCUCUAGUCAUUCCUGUGCGUAUAACCUCCAGGGUCUGGAGGGGGCGCUGUUGUAAGUUGAGGUUAUACCCGACCCGGACGGAAGACAGCAGCGAGAUGUGCUAGAGAGAGCUUCUUGGUCUGUCGAUACUUGUAGCACGAACAUGGUGUCG